GUGGCAACGACGAGGAGGCAUAAUCUGCCGACGUCCGAUUCCGGUGCCUUCACCGACUGGGCGGCGACGACGACGACAUCUUCCCGCGCCACCGAGGAUCUAUCGCUUGGUUUCAAUGCCGGUCCCGCCGUCGUCCACGGUGGUUUAGGCUCAGCUUCCGCCGCCGCCGCCGUUCCCUCAUGGCCUCUCGGAACCUCCGUCCGUUACGGCCUCCCUUCGACGGCGGCGGCGACGGAUAUGGGCAUGGUCAAUCUAAGAGACGUCUAUCUUGUUGCUCCGGCGUACCACCACCACCACCAGAACGCCGGAGUUGUAUCUGGAUCCGACCAGAUUAACAGUAGUGCAGCCGCGCUCGGCGUCGGAGUGAUUCCACUUCUCACGUCUGCACCACCGCCGCAGCAAAACGUGGAAGACACCGACAUAAACUUCCUAGGAGACAGCCGGAGAUGGCAGAACAGCAACAACAACAACCAGACGCAGUAUCUUCACUUCAAGAGCACUCAUCAAACGGCGGUUGGAUCAAGCUCAAACAACUCCGGGUCUGGCUCAGCCGCGUCGGGAACCGCCACGUGUCAAGACUGUGGAAACCAAGCGAAGAAGGAGUACGGAGGAGGGUCAAGAGAAGCAUGGCCGGGGCAGGUUAGGGCGGCGGCGGUGUUCAAGUGUGUGAGAGUGACGGCAGUAGAGGAUGGGGACGACGAGUACGCAUACCAGGCGGUGGUGAAAAUCGGUGGCCAUGUCUUCAAAGGCUUCUUGUAUGAUCAAGGGCUUGAACCUAAAGAAGGUUUUCCUAAUAUGUCGGAUUUGCAUUUAGGUGGUGGAGCCAAUAACCACAACGGAGUGUCUGCAUCGGGCCCGGUUCUCGACCCCCCAAAUGUCUACGGUGGUUCAGGCGGUGGGUUUUACGGUUAA